AUGUCUCAGUACGAAAACGAGUCAAAGCCUGAUCCAGCUGGCACAACUAGCGCCAUGUUGGAAUUAACCGCAGGUGCUACCCAGGAUUUUACACCUGUCAAGAGUAUUUGCGCGUUUCUGAAUGCAUAUCAUGUAUAUGCAGACGAUACGACGCGUCCUCCAGUAGAGGCAUGUCACUACUGUGCUCAUGUAGAGCCAGAGAUGCGCCAAUGCAUCAUCUAUGAUUCUCCUCGCGUAAACGCACGACUGAUUGGAAUCGAGUAUUUAAUCUCUCCGAAGCUCUAUCAAACACUUCCUCAGGAGGAGAAGAAGUUGUGGCACUCUCAUGCAUACGAGGUCAAAUCUGGGAUGUUGAUCAUGCCCAAGCCGGGUGCCGUGCCCGGUCCCGUCUGGCGAGCAGCGGAAAAUAAAGAAAUGGAAAUGCUUGUGGAUUGGUAUGGAAAGACGUAUCACCUCUGGCAGAUUGAUCGAGGAGAUCCCGUUCCGCUGGGCCAGCCGAUGCUCAUGGGAUCCUUCACAUCUGACGAGCAGCUUGACGUCGAAAACCUCGUCAAGGACCGCGACGAACGGUACUCAACCAGCACCAGCCAAAAUCGUGCGGCACGAGCAUAUAUCCCGACGCCCGAAAUCGAUCCGAACGCUGAUAACUGGUGGAAUGCCCAAGAAUUUACCACUUGA